AAGUAAACAAGACCAAGUCUUACAAAAUGACCCAAGACUUCUCCCAUGCUCAUUUCUAUACCUUCUCGUCUUUCCCCUCCCUUUCUUGCCCCUCCCAAGCUAGGAGACAAAGGACGGGAUGACAAGUUUUUUCUGCUUCAACUCCAUCGUUUUCCUCCUCUUCUACGGCCUCGUCGCCACAAGACUUGCCUCUGCCGAUCCCCCUGGUUUUCUGAGCCUCUCCUGCGGUGGAUCGACGAGUUACACCGACUCUUCCAAUAUUUCAUGGAUUCCGGAUAGCUCCUAUGUUACUACUGGCAAUGCGACUGCUGCUGACUUCGUCGAAGGGAGUUCGGUGUCUCGGCUCCCCUUGCGUUUCUUCCCGGAUUCUGGACAGGGUCGCCAUUGUUAUAGGUUGCCAACCAGAAAUUUGUCUCUGAUUCUAGUAAGGUCUCGCUUCGUUUACAAGAACUAUGAUGGAAAGGGCCGACCUCCGGCGUUCUCAGUGUCUAUAGGGACGGCGACUGUGGCUUUGGUGAAUCUCAGCCGACUCGACCCAUGGGUGGAGGAGUUUGUGUGGAAGGUUAAGAAGGAAAUCCUGUCAUUCUGCUUGCUCUCGACCGAUGGUGGUGGCUUCCCUGUUAUCUCUUCUCUAGAAGUUCGCCCUCUUCCAGAUGGAGCUUAUGGGAGUAGUUUGGAUGAAUUUGCGAAUAAGUUACUAAAGAAGCGUUUCAGGAUAAAUUGUGGUUAUUCUGGCAAUGGUUCACUGAGGUAUCCGUUUGAUUAUUAUGAUCGUGUGUGGGACGUGGAUCAGAAUUUUUCACCAUCACACUUGACAGCAGGGUUCCAAAUCCCAAUUCCUCUGAGUUCUUCAGGGAUCAGGGAGAGCCCUCCUGUUUCCAUUCUUCAGACAGCAAGGGUUCUGGCAAGAAGAAAUGUGUUGUCUUACAACUUCCCACUUGAUAAGCUUGGAGACUAUUAUGUGCUCCUGUAUUUUGCCGGCAUUAUGCCUGUGUCUUCCUCAUUUGAUGUUCUGAUUAAUGACAAUGUUGUCAGUUCGGAUUAUGGUGUGAAGCAUGCAGAGGCUAGUUCAAUUUUCUUUUCUGCAGAGAAUGUUGAUUACUUGAAUAUCACAUUCCGGAAUGUCAGCUUCUACCCACAAGUGAACGCCAUUGAAAUAUAUGAAAUUCUUGAUAUACCCCUGGAAUGCACAGGAACCACAGUUUCCGCACUUCAGGUUAUUCAGCAAUCAACUGGCUUUAACUUUGGAUGGGAAGAUGAUCCAUGCUCUCCAACACAAUGGAAGCAUGUUGGUUGUGAUGGAAGCCUUGUUACAUCACUGGAGCUUUCUGAUGUGGACUUGGGAGCAAUAACUCCUACAUUUGGAGAUCUGCUAGACCUUAAAAAAUUAGAUUUGCAUAACACAUCCCUUGCCGGAGAAAUAACGAAUUUGGCCAGUCUUCAGGAACUGGAAACCUUGAACCUGAGUUUCAAUAAGCUUACAUCAUUUGGGUCCGAUUUUGAUACUAUGAUCAAUCUUCAGAUUCUGGACUUGCAAAACAAUAGUUUAGAGGGAACAGUUCCAGACAGUUUGGGAAGUUUGAAGGAUCUCCGCUUACUAAAUUUGGAAAACAAUAAACUUCAAGGUGUGUUGCCUGAAUCCUUGAAAAAGCAAAAUAUAGAAGUCAGAACAUCAGGGAAUUUGUGCCUUUCCUUCUCGCCUUCUACAUGCAAUGGCCUUUCAGACCACCCUUCAAUUCCGACUCCACAAUUCACAGUCGUCAACAUGAAGAAAACUUCUGGUCGCAGCCACAAAUCAAUAAUAAUAGGUGCUGUUGGAGGCAUUUGUUGUGCACUUUUACUUAUUGCAGUUGCUAUGGUCAUUUACAGGAGGCGAAAACGACGAAAUGAUGUGACAUUGCAAACAUCAAGAGAGAUACAAAAAUGGAAUGCAGCCAGGGUAUUCACAUAUAAAGAGAUUAAGGUUGCAACAAACAAUUUUAAAGAUGUUAUAGGCAGUGGGGGCUUUGGGUCCAUAUACCUUGGAAAGCUUCUUGAUGGCAAGUUAGUAGCUGUUAAAGUACGCUCUGACAAAACACAACUUGGUGCUGAUUCAUUUAUCAAUGAGGUGCAUCUUUUAUCCCAAGUUCGGCAUCAGAAUCUCGUCUCUUUGGAGGGAUUCUGCCAUGAAUCAAAGCAGCAAAUCCUAGUGUAUGAAUACUUACCUGGUGGAUCCUUGGCUGAUAAUUUAUAUGGUUCAAAGAGUAAAAGGGCAACACUAAAUUGGGCUCGCAGGCUGAAGAUUGCAGUUGAUGCUGCAAAAGGACUGGAUUAUCUACACAAUGGGAACAAUCCACGUAUUAUCCACCGUGAUGUUAAGUGCAGCAACAUCCUUUUAGACUCAGAGAUGAAUGCAAAAGUUGGUGAUUUUGGCCUCUCCAAACAGGUGCUUCGAGCAGAUGCAACCCAUGUGACUACUGCAGUCAAGGGCACCGCUGGUUACCUUGACCCUGAAUAUUAUGCCACCCAACAAUUGACGGAGAAAAGUGAUGUCUACAGCUUUGGUGUUGUUUUAUUGGAGUUGAUCUGUGGCCGCGAACCUUUGAGUCAUGCUGGCUCUCCAGAUUCUUACAAUCUAGUGUUAUGGGCAAAGCCGUACCUGCAAGCUGGUUCCUUUGAGAUUGUGGAUGAAAGCUUGAAGGAAUGUUUUGAUGCAGAAAGCAUGAGAAAGGCAUCUUCUAUAGCUGUAAGAUGUGUGGAGAGAGAUGCAUCAGAGAGACCAACAAUGGCGGAAGUACUGGCUGAGUUAAAGGAAGCCUACAGUAUUCAGCUUACUUCCCUUUCAUCUGGAGGACAUUUGUAUUGAACUAUUAUUGCACUUUAUCAACACGCAUUGGAUAUAUAUUUGAUCGCAUGUCUACCUAUAUUACAAUAUUCAAUAUUAAGCUUUGUGAAAAUGCAGUAGAGCAUGUAUCAAGGAAACUCGUAAUUUUAUAUUUAGUUAACGAAAUUUUUAUAUAAAGUAUUAACCAUAUU